AACGCGGGGACAUACGCGCGCGGCGCCGUCACGUUUUCCCCUUACGCGAUUACGCGCGCGAGGGAUAACGGGUUGUUCGCCGUGUGUGCUUUUGACAGCUCCAAUCGGCACGGAGCAACAAUUCCGUUCUGUUUACUCGAGCGCUUCUCUCUCUUUUCCCGUUCUCUAUCUUUCUCUCUCCCAUCAUACUUUCCCUUCACGUUUUAAAAUGUGACGUCGCGACACGAGAGAAAGAGGCAGAAAUUUUAGAACGUGAAAGGGUGAAAAUGCAACUGCGAGAGAGAGAGAGAGAGAGAGAGAACGGGCCCGACGUGCCUCGGACGUUUUCGCACGGGGAGCGUGGUAAACAGCGAGGCCAAUGCCAGGCGUAUCGCGAUGGUUGAAAACUGCUUCGGCAGUUCGGGUCAGCCGCUCGCGGUGCCCGGCCGUGUCCUGGUGGGCGAAGGGGUCCUGACGAAGAUGUGCAGAAAAAAGCCCAAGCCUAGACAGUUCUUCCUGUUCAACGAUAUAUUGGUCUAUGGGAAUAUCGUGAUUAAUAAAAAAAAGUACAACAAGCAACACAUAAUACCACUGGAGGAGGUAAAAUUAGAGUCUCUAGCAGAUGAGGGUCAAUAUCGUAAUGGAUGGCUCAUUAAGACAGUAACAAAGUCGUUUGCUGUUUAUGCUGCUACUCCAACAGAAAAGCAAGAAUGGAUGGCACAUAUCACAAAAUGUAUUGAAGAUUUGUUAAGAAAGAGUGGCAAAAAGCCUGUCGAGGUCCAUGCAGCAGUUUGGGUGCCAGAUAAUGAAGCUACAAUUUGCAUGCACUGCAAUAAAACACAAUUCACAGUAUUAAACAGACGGCAUCACUGUAGGCAAUGCGGAGCAGUAGUCUGUGGUCCAUGUAGCAAUAAAAAGUUAUUAUUACCUGGACAAGGAAAUGGGAAAGCUGUCAGGGUCUGUUUACAAUGUUACGAUGCCGCUAGUAAAAUCAAAGCUAUACCUACGACUACUGUGGAUAGCUUAAAUAACAAAGAUCCACAACGUAAUUCCGCUGAUAGUUCAGGAGGAGACAGCUCUGGAGACGAUGAUGAUGCGAAUAAGGAAGAAAAUCAUGAUGAGCCUAAAUUCUAUUCUACACUUGGUCGAUGAAAAUAAUUAUAUCAUACCGAACGAAAUACGAAAGAGAUACGAAAAUUCUACAAAAAAAGUUUAAAAAUCAAUAUCUCGAACUAAAUAUCGAAUAUAUUAAUAGGAAAAUUUAUAGGAAUAUCAUUCAAGAGAUAUUUCUAAAAGAUGCAUUAGGGUUGAAAAAAAAAAA